AUGACUACUUCUACUCAUCUUUCCACACUAGUUUCUAUCUCCUCACCGUACUCGGGAGCUCCCUUCAGUCAACUGCCAGUGCAAUUUACUUUCCAAGUUGACCCACCUGCUCCUUCUUGUACUGAAGGAGACUACUUACCCAAGUUUGUUUCCCCCACACCGCUCAAUGGAGAAAUUCUCAUGGCAGAGGCUAGAAAAGAAAUGGAGAUAACGGUCAAGGCCGUAGCUAGCUAUUCAGUACCUGAUGACAUUAUAAUGAGCGGCCCGCUGAAUGUCACAAAGCACAGGACCACAGCGGAUGAGUUCACCAUCCGAUGGACUCCGAUUGAUGAAAACAUGGGACACUACUUUCCUAUCUGCUUUGCUGUUGAAUUUACAUACGGAUUUGCCAUAUACCAAACUGAGAUGAGAUGUGUGAUAGUGAAAGUGAGAGUCGCGCAAUCGAACACAGUGGUCACCUGUCUGGAGUCUUCGAUGAUUGUGGAGGUGGAGAAAGCCACAUUGCCUCCACUCCAUUAUCAAGAUCUGCGUCUGUCUGAUCCCAGUAACACAGUUUGCAGCCUCCAGUCCAACAGCACCCACGUGGUCGCUAUAGUGCCCCUCAACGCCUGCGGCACCCAGAUCGAGGAGGAUGACGAUGAUCUACUUUUCAAGAAUGAGAUCACCACGGUGGACAAUAGGUCUACCCUCAUCACCAGAAAACACAUGCUGGAAAUCAAGUUCUUCUGCCAGUACUCCAAAAGAGGAAAUGUGACCGCCACCUUCAGCGCUCACAGGGAGAAUGUGACAGUGUGGGACAAGGGCUUUGGGAAGUUCACCUAUGGCUUUGAGUUCUUCCCAGAUCAGAGGUUUGUCUCCAGGAUCGACCCCCGGCUCUACCCUCUGGAGUAUGACGUGGGUGAUCGCAUCUUCAUGGAGAUUGAAGCCACAACUAUAGUCAACAACACAGAGCUGUUUGUGGAGUCCUGCAGAGCUGCACCCUAUGACAACCCCAACUACCCCCAUCCCUACAGCCUCAUUGAGAACGGCUGUAACUUGGACAGUACACUGAUCGUUUAUACAACCAUUAACAAAAAGCAAUUCAAAUUCAGUAUUGAAGCGUUCAAGUUCAUUGGCUUGCAUGACAAGGUCUACAUCAGCUGCUCAGUGUUGAUGUGUGAAGCUGGAAACCCACACACUCGCUGUUCUCAGGGAUGUCUGCCCAAUGCAACAACAAGAGCCAAAAGAGAGGCCGUCAUUGAGUCUGGAAUCCACUAUGUGUCCCAGGGCCCACUGCGCCUCAAGAGAUCUGUGCAGGCAGGAAACACAGGCCUGAGCUUGAACCUGGUCUUCAUCGCUGGCAGUGCUUUAGUCGCUGUGGGAAUGAUCUGUGGAGUCUUUCUUUACAAAACCAAAACCUCAAGCUUUAAAUACCAACUUCUUUCUUCAGAGGAAAAUUAA